CCCGCCCGUUGGAACCCCCUGCCCGUUGGCCUCACGCAGGGGUGGCUGUUGAGCGGGGUUGGCAUGGCGGGGGGCGGUGGGAGGCCACGCUCCCCCCAGCGAGCCCUGCUGGGGAUGGCAGCCAUCGUGGCAGCGGUGGUGGAGGCAUGUUGGGGCGCUCCGGGAAGAGCUGCACCUGAGGAAGGCCAACUUUCCAUUGGUUUAGUUCGGAAGAACGUGAUCUACGGCAACGUUCGACAUCCAGAGAACGUGUACGUUAAAAUGCUCACCAAUAGCCCAACCCUGGUGUGCAUGGACUUGUCUCUUUCUCAAGAAGAAAUAAUAGAUCCCAAGUAUUCAUGGACCGGUCCAGAUGGGAUGAGUUUAGAAGGGCAAGGAUAUGCGAAUCUCACGGGUGCUGGGGAGCUGGUGCUGCAGGGCUUCCAGGCGUCCAUGUCCGGGGCCUACACGUGCACGCUGUCCCACAGAAUCAUAGAGACCUCAGCACAAGAAGAAGUAGAUGUGGCCAAUACCUACAGGUUCAUGGUGUAUGCGUACAGGGAAGCUGACCGCGUGUACCAGGUCUCGGUGCGCUUCACUGCCAAGGGCUGCGAGCUGGCAGCCAACGCGCGCUUCGUGGAGGAGCUGAAGAAGAUCGUGGAGAACCUCAUCCUGGACCUGACGUGCCGAGUGGAGGGGCUCUCGUACCGCUGCCAUUCCCUCGAGGUUCCCCACCGGCACUCCCCGAGCGAACUCUUCGUCUCUUUCCGAGUGAAUCCCUUUGCUCUGGGAUGGGAAGAUCUCUGCGGCCGCCCUCCCCGGCACUGCGAGGACGCCACGAACCGGAGAGCUCAGCAGGCGACAGACCGAAUCGGGGAGUUCUUCAGGAAGCAGACGUACACUCUGAAGCACGAGUUCCGGAUCACUCCUACCAUACAUUACGUGGAGGGCAGCUUCUCCGUGACCCCCAUCGACAGCUGCCGCCCGGGCUUCGGGAAAAACAACGUCACCCACCGGAGCUGCGCCGGCUGCUGCGUGGUGUGCAGCCCCGGGACGUACAGCCCCGACAGCGCUGUCAGCUGCAGGGUGUGCGCGGGGCACCGCGGUGCGAGGUACGGAGCCAAGUCCUGCCCAUGAACGUGGCACAGAAACUGGAGGUGUGAAAGCAUCGUUGGUUUCGUGAUGGCCUCUUGGCGCUGAGCUCCCGGCCCUGGAGCCCUGCACCCACUUGGAGCAAUGGCCGAGCUCCCCCACUCACGCACCCCUGCUGUAAUUCCUGCAUUCAGGCAUAAAAUGGGGUGUUCAUUCAGGGUGAGGCGAUCCGUGUGCGUCCCAAAGCCGCUGCUUCCCAGAGCCUGCUCCCUGGGGGGGGACCCCAAACACUGCACUGUGCUCCAGGGGGGGGAGGGCACUGAGGGGUCCUGGCAGUGGAGCGGGAUGAGGUGCUGAGGUCACGUGUGCCAGAAUCCCCAUGGGAAGUUACCCAGAGGUGUGAAGUACUGAAUCCUCACCCUUCAGGAACACAAAUGCGCUUCCCUUGGCUUUCCCCUUUUCUUUAUGUGUGGAAGGUUCUGUUGUGCCCGGUGCGGGGCUGGAUGGAUCCUUGCUAACUGCUGCCUUUGCUGUGGGGCGUUCUGCACUGCGCCCGGCGCUGGGAGUCCAUACGAGCCAUGGGGUGUGGGCGGGUGUCUGAGAUGGGCCUUAAUGAGUUCAGCCCUAACGAGAUCCGCAGUGCAGGUGGGAGAUGAAGAACGCUGCCCUUACGGCUCAGCCUGUCCACCAGGAGGGAGCAGGGAUGUCCCGGGGAGGGAGGGAUGGAGGCUGCUGAGCCUUCUCCACCUGGUGCUGCUGCACCCUUUCCUCCCUCCAUCCAAGUACUGGUGGCACAGCCCCACUCGCUGCCCAGCAGCUCAUACCCUGGCAGCAGCUGUGAGCUCCCAGGAUCAGCAGUGGGUCGAGAUCAGAGCUGCCAGAGCGCCGAGAAGACAGGAGAGCUCUCAGCUCAGCAAAGGCUUGCUCCCAUCCAUUCUGCAAGGCGAGCUGCUGUACCCGCAAUCGAUUGUUUUGCUCAUUAAGCAGCAUUAGGGCAGAUUCUACUCCAGUGCUUUCAGUCCAUCCCCAGGAGCACUGCCUGCCCCCCUGUCCCACAUGGCACAGAGCUUUGUCAGCCAAUCACCAGAGCUGCUGCCCUCCUGCCUGCCCCACAACCCCUGGGGGGAGCACAGGAGAGCUCCUGGCCCCUUCUACUCCCCAUUAUGGGGCAGCUGAGCAGCUGCUGUGGUCCCACCAUGCACAGAGCAGCAGCCCCAGCUCAGAUCCCAUACGCAGCCACGGAGCUCGGUGCCGUCAGCCCAGCUCCAUGCAGCGCCAGCUCACACAGGAGAGCCCUGCCCGCUCAGCACCCACCACUUCUCACAGCGCCCAGAAAUCCCUCUGUGAGUAUUCAUCCAAAAACCGACCAGAUUCCGCCCAGUUUAGCUCAUCCACGCUGACAGCCGGGCAGCAGAAGGCAGCGCGGGCACAGACCGUGCUCAGAGCUUCUCGGAAUCACGGCUUAUUAAGUGCUGAUGGAUAAGAUGUGCAUCUGAACCGCCCGUGGGGCGACCACCGCCGCUGCCAAAUGGACCCCGCUCGGCUCGGGGGGACGCGGCAGAAGGGCUGUGCUCCCUGCACUCCUCUUUCACAGCAAAGAAAUGUCACAUCCAUAAACUGCUACGUGAAGCAGCAGCAAGCGGGCGCUGAGCGGCCGCAGGGUCAGGAUUCAACACUGGCCACCUCCUCUCCCAGCCUCUUUUUUUUUUUAAAGCAGCGGGGCAGGAGCAAACUCCCACGGCAACUCAGGUUCCGCAGUGAGCCCUGAGAAUCUGCAGAAUUGGAUCAAACCUUUCGGCUUCGUGCCGCAGAGGCUGUGCCAUCAGGACGGUGCAGAUCUCCAGGACACAGCACACACCUUCAGGGCAGUUCUUUUCCUCCCCCACAGCCUCAGCA